UCUGCAUUCAAAUCUGCAAAUCAUCUUUCUUAAUUUAAAGAGGAUUCCGAGACGCAGACGCAUCACAUCAAGUUUUAUGUGUGUCGGUGUCGUUCGCCCAACAAUUGGAUGAAGAUGGAGUUGCGUCUUUGAGCCAAAAGAUCCAAAGGGGGCCCCUGUCCAAGAGCCCCCAUCCCUGCCCACCUGCUGCUCCGUUCGUGGUCCCCAUUCCCAGCUUCGUCCUCAUCCUCAUCUUCAUCUUCAUCUUGAGCUGCGACUUUGCGCAUGCGCAGACGACUGACUUCGUUUGAAGUUCUGUUGACUGAUGUUGUUGUGCGUUGUUGUUGCUCUGCUAAAAGUUGGUAAUGAAAGAAGCACACACAGAACUGGGUGUACAUACAUAUGUGGCCAUAUAUAUAUGUAUAUACAUAUAUGUGGUAUGUGCCAGCAGCAACAAAAGCAGCAGCAGCAGAUGCCAAGACAACCUUGAAAUGUAUAGCAGGGUCCAACGAACGAAUAUAAAAAAGGUUCUUUGGUUCCUUGGUGCCUUGGUUCUUUGGCUCUCCAGGUUCUUGGGCUCAUUAUUUCCUUCUUCUUCAUUUUUUUUUCUCCUCCCAGAAUAAGCGGGAACAGUAAGUAACUGCUCGCCGGGAAUGCCCCAAUCAGGAUAAAUCUCUGGGGUAAACGACGGCUCCAGAAAGCAAAAGUGCCCGCCGAUAAGAGGUGUAUUUUUAAACACAAGCGAUUGAGUUGGACGAUAAAACCCGGAAGUUGCGGAAGCUGGAAGCGCUGGCGAAAGUUCCGACUUGGUGCGAUUAUAUAAGGGAAUCUCGCCGGGAUGCAGUAUCAGUGCAAUCCAAACACUUGCCUUGAAAACCAUAUCCUUUGCAACUAACUAAACACACAAUGAAAGUACUCCUGGUUCUAACUUUCCUGGCCACUUUGGCUCUUUCACUGGCACUUCCCCAGGUGGGACAUGGAUCUGUAAAUGGACCCAGUGGGCGCUUUCCUAUGACGAAGAAUUGGGCGCAACCACCGGUUGAUUUGCGAAAACCCAUUAUCUUUCUGCCAGAGGCCACGCCCAUUCACGAAGCCCAGGAGUCCCGCCCCCGACUAGCCAGACAUCGCAAGAGUGGAUAGAUGCCAAGGAAUACCUAUUUAUUAUUUAAGUUUAGCAAGUGUAUCUAUUGCAAAAACUAGCUGUUGCAUUGACAUCUUAUAGAUGCGAAUUAUAAUUAGCAAAACCUUGGAAAAGUCAAGGAAUUUUUGAAAUAUAAGGUAAAAAACCUCUCACUAUCCCGCUAAAAAUAGUUUAUAUUUUAAUUACUAAAUUUGGGACUUUAUACGACUUAAUUGAACUAUAAACACACAUUGAAGUUUAAAAUAAAAGGUACAAAAAAGUGUUAUUAAAAC